GAUGACGUCAGGAGGUGAGUGUGGAUGACGUCAGGGGGCCGGUGACGGUGACGGUGGAAGAUGGCGGCCGUGGGCGGACUGUGGCUGCGAGGGGCCGUCGGGAGCAGCGGCUCCAGGCUGGCGAGGGCGGCACUGACAGCGGCAGCGGCGUCGGCGUCGGCGUCGCGGCGCUCGGUAGCGCACUUCACCUUCGUGCCGGACAAAGACCCCACGCAGUAUGGUCCUACGCAGAAGAUGAACCUUUUUCAAUCUAUCACAAGUGGCUUGGACAAUGUUUUGGCAAAUGAUCCAACUGCAGUGAUUUUUGGAGAGGAUGUUGCCUUUGGAGGGGUUUUCCGGUGUACUGUUGGACUGCGGGACAAAUAUGGAAAGGAACGAGUAUUUAAUACCCCUCUCUGUGAGCAAGGUAUCGUGGGAUUUGGAAUUGGGAUAGCAGUUACAGGAGCUAAAGCGAUUGCAGAAAUACAGUUUGCAGACUACAUCUUUCCAGCCUUUGAUCAGAUUAUUAAUGAAGCCGCAAAGUAUCGCUAUCGCUCUGGGAACUUAUUUGACUGUGGAAGUUUAACGAUUCGUGCACCUUGGGGAUGCGUGGGCCAUGGGGCACUCUAUCACUCCCAGAGUCCUGAGGCCUUCUUUUCCCAUAUCCCUGGAGUUAAGGUGGUUAUUCCAAGAAGCCCCAUCCAGGCCAAGGGAUUAUUGCUAUCUUGCAUAGAGGAUAAAAAUCCUUGUAUCUUCUUUGAGCCUAAAAUCCUCUACAGAGCUGCUGUGGAACAAGUUCCUGUGGAGGCCUAUCAAAUCCCUCUUUCACAAGCAGAAGUUCUGCAGGAGGGAAAUGACGUGACCCUUGUUGCUUGGGGAACUCAGGUUCAUGUAAUGAAAGAAGUGGCCAGCAUGGCUCAGGAGAAAUUGGGAGUCUCGUGUGAAGUAAUCGAUUUAAAAACUAUUCUGCCUUGGGAUGCUGAAACCAUUUGCAAGUCUGUGGUAAAAACAGGAAGGUUGCUUAUUAGCCACGAAGCUCCGAUAACAGGAGGAUUUGCAGCGGAGAUCAGUUCCACAGUUCAGGAAGAGUGCUUUCUCAACCUGGAGGCGCCAAUCAGCAGAGUCUGUGGAUAUGAUACACCUUUUCCGCAUAUCUUUGAACCUUUUUACAUACCAGACAAAUGGAAGUGCUUUGAUGCCGUGCGAAAAAUGAUAAAUUAUUAAAAGCGGCAGAUGGCAUCGGCAUGAAAUGGGAAUGAGAUGAUCAUUGAGCACCUGACACACACUAAAUUAAAGAUUUAUAUUGAGAUGCCUGUAAAUCAUGUGAAUGACUUUCCAUUAUAGAGGCUAAAGGGUGACAUUAUGCUGUGUGUCAUCAUCAUUAUCUCACAUUCACAUUUUAUCUCAUUGUCUAAAGGAUCAGCUGCCAGCUGCAACUUUCCUCAAAGUCUGGAAGAAAAAUGGACUAUGCCUGUACUCUUUUAUUUGAUCCUCAAGGGAUCAAAUAAAAAUGAUUGAAUCCAGGUUUGUCUCAAGAUAGAAAAUUCCCUUGUAUUGAUCUCCUAAUGAAUAUCUGACUGUUGUACUCUAUAUGUAACUUUGCAUAAUUGGUUAUGGUUCUUCAUGUUAAACGUGUCCAUCUAAUGUAAACACGGUGAAAAUGACUUUUCUAGCGUACAAAAAUAAAAAUAUGUAUUUACGGUG